CACCCCCCCCCCCCGGAGCGACCCCCAUGGCAGCCUGGCUGAGCCCCCAGCGUCUACGCGCGUGGAUGGUCUUUCUGAACCUGGCGCUGCUGCAGAGCAUGGCUGAGAAAUCUCCCGGCGCCUACUUCCUGCCCGAGUUCGCCCUCUCCCCCCAGGGGAGUUUUCUGGAAGAUACCACAGGGGAGGAGUUCCUCACGUACCACUAUGAUGACCAGACCUCCAGGAACGCCCGUGCAGAUGAGGACCCAGAAGGCAGUUGGGAUGCCUGGGGCACCUGGAGCGACUGUUCACGCACCUGUGGGGGCGGGGCCUCAUACUCGAUUCGCAGGUGCCUGGCCAGGAAGAGCUGUGAAGGGCAGAACAUACGGUACAAGACGUGCAGCAACCAGGACUGUCCCCCCGACGCUGAAGAUUUUCGAGCUCAGCAGUGCUCAGCCUACAAUGAUGUCCAGUAUCAGGGGCAUUACCAUGAGUGGCUGCCCCAGUACCAUGAUCUUGCUGCCCCCUGUGCCCUCAAGUGCCAGGCACGGGGCCAGAGCCUGGUGGUAGAGCUGGCGCCCAAGGUGCUGGAUGGGACCCGCUGCCACAUGGACUCUCUGGACAUGUGUAUUAGCGGCACCUGCCAGGCAGUGGGCUGCGACCGGCAACUGGGAAGCCAGGCCAAGGAGGACAGCUGUGGCGUGUGUGCUGGGGACGGAUCCACCUGCAGGCUCGUGCGGGGCCAGGCCCACGUCUCCCCACAAAAGAGGGAAGAGAAUGUCAUCACUGUCCCUCUGGGGAGCCGCAGUGUGAGAAUCACAGUGAAAGGCCCCGCACAUCUCUUCGUUGAAUCGAUAACACUGCACGGUCACCACAGUGAGCACACCUUCCCCCAUGCUGGUGCCUUUGUGGUGGACAACACGUCUAUGGAGGUCCACCACGGCCCCGACAAGCAGACCUUUCGGAUCCCAGGACCGCUCAUGGCCGACUUCAUCUUCAAGGCCCAAUACCCCCUGGCCCGGGCCAGCAUGGUCCAGUUCUUCUUCUACCAGCCCAUUAGUCAUCAAUGGCGGCAGACUGAUUUCUUCCCCUGCACAGCCACAUGUGGCGGAGGCUACCAGCUCAACUCUGCUGAGUGCAUGGACGUGCGGCUGGGCCGGGUGGUGCCUGACCACUACUGCCACUACUACCCUGAGAAUGUGCGACCCACACCCAAGCUGAAGGAGUGCAGCAUGGAGCCUUGCCCGGCCAGUGACGGCUUCAAGGAGAUCAGGCCCUAUGACCACUUCCAGCCUCUGCCCCGCUGGGAGCACACGCCCUGGACUGCUUGCUCAGCAUCAUGCGGCGGUGGCAUCCAGCGGCGUAGUUUUGUGUGCGUGGAGGAGUCAGCACAGGGCACGGUGCUGCCGGCUGAGGAGUGGAAGUGCAUGUAUGCGCCCCGGCCCCGCAUCCUACAGACCUGCAACCUCUUCCCGUGCCCCCGCUGGGCUGCCAUGGAUUGGUCCCAGUGCACAGUGACCUGCGGCCGCGGGCUGCGCUACAGGGUGGUCCUCUGCCUCGACUAUCAGGGUGACCACGUGGGCGGCUGCAACCCACAGAGGAAGCUGCACAUUAAGGAGGAGUGUGUGGUGCCUGUCCCAUGCCAUCGACCCAGAGAAAAAGACCCUGUCGAAGCGAGGUCAUGGCUAAAACAGGCCCAAGAGCUGGAGGAGAGAAGAAUCGUGUCUGAGGAACCCACGCUCAUCGCUGAGCCCUGGUCCCCCUGCAGCACCACGUGUGGGCCAGGUGUCCAGCAGCGGGAUGUUCGGUGCCUCGUGCUCCUGACCUUCUCACAGACAGAGACAGAGCUGCCUGCCACUGAGUGUCCAGGCCCUAUGCUGGCCACCCAGCGGCCCUGCUUCCUUGGCACCUGUGUGCAGAGCCCAGCCUCCCGCCAGCCACUCUCACCCCCUGCACCCGAGGACCCAGCCACCUACGAUUGGGAGUACUCGGGCUUCACUCCCUGUUCGGCCACCUGCCAAGGAGGCCACCAGGAGGCCAUCGCUGUAUGCUUGCAUGUGCAGACACAGAAGGUUGUCAGCGAGGCCUUGUGUGACAGGGCACACCGGCCCCCUGCCAUGAGCCAGGCAUGCAGCACAGAGCCCUGCCCGUCCCGGUGGCAGACAGGACCCUGGAGCCCCUGCUCAGCCAGCUGUGGGGUUGGCAUCCAGACUCGAGAGGUUCAGUGUCUGCAUCCUGGGGAGCCACAGGAGUGCCCAGGGAAGAAGCCACAUGACCUGCAGGCCUGCAGUCAGCUCUCCUGCCCUCCCAGCUGGCACGUGGAGGAGUGGCAGCAGUGCUCCAGGACAUGCGGGGGUGGCACCCAGUGGCGGAGGGUCACAUGCCAACAACUUCUGGCUGACGGCAGCUUCCGGCGCACCUCAGACAAGCUGUGCCCGGUGCCCAAGGCCUCGACCCACAAGUCUUGUGCCAGAAUUGACUGCCCACCUCAGCUGGCUACAGGGCAAUGGUCACAGUGCUCUGUGACCUGUGGUCAGGGGACUCAGCGCAGGAGGCAGGUGUGCCAGAAGCUAACCGCUGGGGGCAAGCGUGUGCCUGCCAGUGAGCAGAUGUGCGGGACCCGUGUGGGGCCCCCAAUUGUCCGCACCUGCCAGAUGCCAGCCUGCCCCACGGCCAAAGUGAAGGCGGUGGCAGAGCUCGGUGGGCAAUUCCCUGAGAUCCUUGGUGUGCACAGGGUUUACAUCCAGACCCGGGCACAGUCACGCAUCACCCUGACAGUGGGUGGUAGGGCCUACCUGUGGCCCAACACGUCAGUGGUCAUUCGGUGUCCCGUACGCCGGUUCCAGAAGCCAUGGAUCCGCUGGACAAAGGACGGCCACUGUCUGCAGACCUCCCCACGCUGGACCAUCACCAGCUCGGGGUCCCUGAAGUUGCUCCACCUGGCCGCACCUGACAUCGGCACUUACCACUGCAUUGCCGGCUCCGCCCACAACUCCCUGGUCCUCAAACUCAUCGGGUCCAAUAACCGGCUGCUCCUGCCCCCGGUCAUCAGGGAGCAGAGCAAGGACGCCCCUGGCCUGGAUGACAAGGCUGACUGCCUGGGAGCCACACUGCAUAAAAUGCAGAAGCUAAAGGCCAGCAGAAAGAAGCGGGGCCCAGGUGAGGGCCAAGUGGCCUGGCAACCUUCAUUGGUCAUGCUGUUGCGCCCCUGUGUGGGUGUCAGUGGCUCCCAAGAACAGCAGCUGGAGGCGGCAGCCCGACUUGGAGCCUGCAGCAUGGACAUAGCCCAGUUUGAGGAACUGAUCCGAAACAUAAGCCACCUUAUGGGCCCUGGGGAGGCCGGUGAUGACUUGGCAUCUCAGCUCAUCUACCAGCUGGUGGCCCACCUCACUGCAGUGCCCACUGCCACUCUCCCUCCCCAGCAGGAAGAGGAAGUGUCCCCUGUGAGCAGAGCACCUCACAGGGGCACAUGCAGGUUGGCCCUCCUGCUCCAGGCACCCACACUCCUGCGGCCCAGCCAAGCACCCUCUGUGUCCCUUAAUCAGACAGUCAGCAUGAGGAUCGGGGCCACAGUAUACAUCACAACCAGGACCACAGCAGUCAACAUCCUGUGUGAGCUGCUCACCCCCACAGAGGCCACGUUUGUGUGGACCAAGGAUGGGGUGCCUAUCCAGCCUUCUAACAGAAUCAUCUGGGAUGGAGAGAGGAAAAUCCAGAUUCAGAAUCUGACAAGGGAAGAUGAAGGGCUUUACGGGUGCUCUGUGUCCAACCCUCUGGGCUCUGACACAGAAAUUUCUCCAGUGCUAUUCACAGUGGCCCCUGCCAUCUCAUCUGUGGAGAGAGUGUUCACUGCACCCAGGCACAACCACCCGUCAAUCACUGUUGGGGGCAUUGUGGAGGCUGCUCCAGGAGCUGAUGUGACCAUCCUCUGCCCAGCACAAGGUGUCCCCAAGCCUACUGUGACGUGGGAGAAGACUGGAGUAGGACUCCUGAGGAACAGUAAUGUCACUGCUCGUGGUGCAACCCUGCGGCUGCGCAGUGUCAGCCUCCAGGACGAGGGCACCUAUAUCUGCACAGCCACCAAUGCCCUGGGGCAGGUGAUGGCCAGGACCCAGCUGCGCCUGCAGGAGUCUUCAUGGAAGCUGGGACACUGGACACCAUGUUCAGCCACCUGCGGCCCAUUGGGGAGCCGUGUCCAGAGAGCUGAAUGUGUGACAGCCACAGGGCAGCGCGUGAGUGAGGCCCUGUGUGCCCAUUUGCAGAAACCACAGGCAUCUGGGCAGCCGUGCCACCGCCAGGACUGCCCCCCCAGGUGGGUGACAGGAGCCUGGUCCAUGUGCUCAGUGUCCUGUGGUGAGGGCCUCCACCAUCGCCAAGUGAUGUGCUGGCGUACCCGAGGCUCGGGAGAGGUGCAGCUGGUGGCUCCGCAGGCCUGUGCUCCCAGGGAUCGGCCCCCAGACAAAAAGGCCUGUGCUGGGCCCCCGUGUGACCAGUGGGAUGUCAAGCCAGUGGACCAGUGCCCUGCGCAGUGCCUUGGCCAUGCCGUGAGCUCACAACCACUCCAGGGGCCAUGUGUCUCCCACAAUGACUCCAGCUGUGAGGACAGUAGAGCCUGUUCCAGGAGGAGCCCCACACCACGGCACUGUGUGAGCUGCUGGCUCCUGCACCCCUGGGGGCCCUGUUCUGCAACCUGUGGUGGGGGCAUCCAGGCCCGCAGGAUAGACUGUGUGCAUCCCCAUACCUGCCUGCCACUGGCUGAGGGACGCUGCGUGCAGAGAGACAAGCCAGCGUCCUGGAGACCCUGUUUGGGCCCCCCAUGUGAGCGGGACUGACCACUGGAGCGUCCACAGCUACUGUGCUUCUGAGACAGACGCAGGGCCCUGGACCUGCUGGGAAGUGGAGGCAGGUCCCGUCCCGUGGCUGUUCAGGAAAACUCCAGUUUCUGCACUCUGAGGCGAAGAGUGACAUCAUUGCACAAGUUGGGCAGAGCAGGGACACCCCUCAGGGUGCUUUCCACAGGGCCUGGCAAGGUCCAACACUGUCAGAAGACCAGAUGGACCUGGCUCUCUGGAGGAAGGACCAGCGUUCGCUGGAGGGACCUUUACGGAGCGGCCUGAGCACUGGCCACAGAGCCACCUACUUUUCUGCUCAUACUGACCGGAACUCCUGUGGAGUGUUCUGGAAGUGCCAGAAGGAAGUGACUAUGAGGGACUGUAGGAAGGGGGUGUCCUGGGAAAGGGACCACUGAGAUCCUGCAGCAUUUAGGCUGGGGUCUGGCAGGCUGUGGCGGGACAGGACUGGAGGGAUUUGGGAAGGAGUAUGGAUGAGGUGAGGCGCUGUUGCAGGGAGGGGUUCAGUGGGGUCAGGUGCUAGAUGGUGUGGUUGGCCUGGGGGAGUCAGGCAGGCUGGGUCCUACAGGGAGCGCUGGCAAUGAUCCGGCCAGAGAUCUUGAUGGGUGCUU